GAGACUGCAGAGUUCUCAAGACAAACAAACCCACAUUUUGAGAACACAGAUAGGAUCAUAGGAAUCAAGAGAAACGAUGGCAGAAAGUGGCGGCGCCGGAGACAGCCGGACGGGGUUCAACAAGUAUGCUUGCGCUUGUGCUAUUGUUGCAUCCAUGAUAUCCAUCAUAUUUGGCUACGACACCGGUGUCAUGAGUGGGGCAAUGAUAUUCAUAAAGGAAGACUUGAAAAUCAGUGACGAACAGGUGGAAGUUCUGGCCGGAAUUCUAAACUUAUGUGCCUUGAUUGGUUCUGUUUCUGCCGGAAGAACCUCCGACUAUAUCGGACGUCGCUACACAAUCGUCUUGGCCUCCAUAAUUUUCCUCAUCGGCGCAGUUCUGAUGGGUUACAGCCCAAACUACGCUGUCCUAAUGGUCGGAAGAUGCACGGCUGGCAUUGGAGUCGGGUUCGCGCUCAUGAUCGCCCCAGUUUACUCCGCCGAGAUUUCCUCCCCUUCGACACGAGGUUUCUUAACCUCCCUACCGGAAUUUUGCAUCAGCCUCGGCAUCUUACUUGGCUACGUCUCCAAUUACUUCUUCGCCAAGCUAACCCUCAAACUCGGCUGGAGAAUGAUGCUUGGAAUUGCAGCCAUCCCUUCUCUCGCCUUAGCAUUUGGAAUACUAAAGUUGCCGGAGUCACCGCGGUGGCUCGUCUUACAAGGCCGUUUAGAGGACGCCCAGAAAAUACUCCUCCAAAUUUGCAACAGUAAGGAAGAAGCCGAAAUCCGCUUCCGCGACAUCAAAACGGCCGCGGGAAUUGAUGACAAAUGCACUCAACAAGUGACCAACAAUCCUCAAAACACUGGUGGCAAAGGCGUAUGGAAAGAAAUCUUCCUAAGGCCAACCCCCACCGUCCGCUGGAUCUUACUAGCUGCCAUUGGAAUACAUUUCUUCCAGCAUGCAACCGGCAUCGAAGCAGUCGUGUUAUAUAGUCCAAGAAUUUUCAAGCAAGCCGGAGUGAAGGACAAGAACAAGCUCUUGCUCGCCACAAUCGGUGUCGGUCUAACCAAGACUAUGUUCAUAUUAGUGGCUACAUUUUUCCUAGAUAGAAUUGGGAGGAGAAAGCUUCUAUUGACGAGUCUCGGAGGUAUGGUUAUGGCACUAACAGCAUUAGGUUUUGGACUGACCGUGGCGGAACGGUCUGGGGAGAAGCUUCUAUGGGCAUUAGUUCUUAGUAUUGCUGCUACAUACAUAUUCAUUGCAUUUUAUUCCAUUGGGCUUGGACCUAUGACUUGGGUCUACAGCACGGAGAUAUUUCCAUUGAGGUUAAGGGCCCAAGGAAUGAGUCUGUGUGUUGCAGUGAAUAGGAUUAUGAAUGCCACAGUUUCUAUGAGCUUUCUUUCCAUCUCUAAAGCAAUCACAAUUGGAGGUAGUUUCUUCAUGUUUGGUGGAGUGGCAGUGAUUGCUUGGUUGUUCUUCUUUUUUCUAUAUCCGGAGACAAAAGGAAGAUCAUUAGAAGAGAUAGAGUCGCUGUUUAGCAAAAACAGUAGCAGGUUGAGAAAAGAAGGCCUGGAAUUUCAGCCCAAAAGUAAUGGCAAUAUGUAGUCACUCUUUUUCUCACGUUUCUUUUUGAUACAUGUGUGCCGUAGCGAGAAUUUCUGGUUUUUAUGAGCAAAUUAAUGUUUUAUUUCUUUUUUAGUUUUUUUUUUAAUUAUUAUAAUGCAUUAUUGUAUAACUUUC